AUGUUGUGAUACGAAGUUAUAAAUUUUGGUUGUAGGUAAUGGAUCGUACUACUGUGAUUCCAUCAAUGUGAAGCUGGAGUUGGAAGAAUAACAAAGGUGGAAUGAAUGAUCCUCCUGAUGCUUGUGGAAACUGGAAAGUAUUCUCUGCCAUGUAAUCAUGUAUUCUUCAAGAGUACUAACAGCUGCCCAUAUGAUGUCUUCCUCCAACAGCAAUAUGUUUGUGAAUAGUGAUGAUGGUGUUCGAACGCCAAGUUCUGAUUCAUCAAGCAGGCAUAAUGCUGAAAGGCAUUUUAGUUCUAGGAACUCACGAGGGGAUGACAAUGUCAAUUAUUCUCCAGAACAAGAGGCUAUGGAGAUUAAUUUGAGACUCAGGGCACAGAAAGAGGAGAUCUUGCUACUGCGUGAGCAAAUUUCUGAUGCUUGUCUCAAGGAGCUGCAGCUUCUGAAUGAGAAGCAUGCGUUGGAGAGAAAAUUUUCCGAUUUGCGAGUGGCACUUGAUGAGAAGCAGAAGGAUGCUAUAACUUCUGCUUUAGCAGAAAUGGCUCGCAGAAAGGGUGAUCUUGAAGAAAAUUUAAGACUAGCUCAUGAUAUGAAGGUUGUGGAGGAUGAGAGGUACAUCUUUACAUCAUCCAUGCUUGGCUUAUUAGCUGAGUAUGGUAUUCGACCCCAUGUGAUAAAUGCUUCCGCUAUUUGCAAUAGUGCAAAGCGUUUAUACGAGGAGUUGCAAUCGAAGAUUAUAAUGUCUCAUGCUAAUUUUAUGGAUAUUAAUUCUAAAUUGGUAUAUCAAGCUGGUGAUGGAUCCUCCAAUAAAGAUCACCAAUCAACCAGUCUCUUGAAAGGUCAACCUCAAACAACUACGGUUCCGAAUGGCGUUCACCCUUCUAAUUUCUAUUUGCAUGAAAGAGAUUUAGAACCAAUCUCCAAUAUGACAAGAUUUCCUUGGAACCCUGAUCCGAUGGACAUGAAAGGCAUGACACCAAAUGUUGAGACGCACCAUAGAGACAAUAGAAGGGAGUUCCUUAUCAACAGUGACAGGGGGGUUGAAGGUCCAUCUCGCAGUAAUGUUGUAGAUAAUUUUGUGAAGGCAAAUGAGAACACUGCAAGCACUGAUACCAACUUUCAUUUCCCUACCUUGUAUGAAGAGCAUGCUUCUUCUGCCUCAGAAGCAGAGGGCCUCUUACCUGGCAUAGAAGGUUUUCAAAUUAUUGGUGAUGCUAAACCAGGAAACACACUGCAAGCAUGUGGGUAUCCUGUAAAUGGAACUUCUCUUUGUAUAUUUCAGUGGGUUCGUCAUCUACAGAAUGGCACUAGGCAGUACAUUGAGGGAGCCACAAAUCCAGAAUAUGUGGUGACAGCUGAUGAUGCUGAUAAGCUUAUUGCUGUGGAAUGUAUACCGAUGGAUGAAAAAGGCUGUCAGGGCGAUUUGGUGAAGCUUUUUGCUAAUGAUCAGAAGAAAAUAACAUGCGAUCCUGCAAUGCAAGAAGAGAUUGAAAAGCAUAUUUCUGCUGGUCGAGCCACAUUUAAUGUCUUACUUUUGAUUGAUUCCUCUGACUUAUGGGAGCCAACAACAUUCAUUCUGAAACGUUCCAGCUACAUAGUUAAGAUCAAUAGCAUGGAGGUUGUGGUAAUCGAGGAGAACUAUUCAGCUGACUUAUCUAUCAAGAUUCCAUUUGGGCUUUCAAGCCAAUUCGUGUUAACAUGCUCUGAUGGGACUUCGCAUCCAUUUAGCACAAACAAUGAUGUUCGAAUGCGUGACACUCUUGUUCUGACCAUGAGAAUUUUUCAGAGCAAGGUACUCCUUUGUUAAAACCUACCAUAAGAUUUGUCUGGAAAAUAGCUAUUAAGCGUUAGGUAUUGCUCUAUAUGAUACCAAAC